CCUAACAGAGGAGCCGCAGAGUGAAGUAGAGUGAAAACAACACCAGGCACCGAGUCCAAAAACCACCGGGCAGCCCCUCUUAAAGGACCCCAAAACCCGGCACACAGAGGAGCGCACAGCCCGGCAAGGUUCGGUUCGGCUCAGACUGUUCCAGGAUGAGUGAGUCGGUGGACACGAGCACGCUUUGUCUCUUUGACGUGGACGGCACGCUGACAGCCGCGAGACAGUGUGUGACUCCUGACAUGGCCGAGUUCCUGCAGAAGUUAAAGACUCGGGUUCGAGUGGGGGUGGUGGGGGGGUCGGACCUGGUGAAGAUAAAGGAGCAGCUGGGAAACGAUGUGAUUCAGAAAAUGGACUACGUGUUUGCUGAGAACGGCUUGGUGGCCUAUAAGAACGGAGAGCUUGUCUCUGUCCAGUCCAUCCAGGCUCACAUGGGAGAAGAGCUGCUGCAGGAUUUCAUCAACUUCUGUCUCAACUACAUGGCCAAGAUCAAGCUGCCCAAGAAGAGAGGAACCUUCAUCGAGUUUCGCAACGGGAUGCUGAACGUGUCGCCCAUCGGCCGCAGCUGCACGCAGGAGGAGAGGAAUGAGUUCUACCAGCUGGACCAGAAGGAGAAGAUCCGUGAAAAAUUUGUGUCGGUGUUGAAGGAAGAAUUCAAAGGAAGAGGAUUGACUUUCUCCAUUGGAGGACAGAUCAGCUUCGACGUGUUUCCUGACGGCUGGGAUAAAAGAUACUGUCUGAGCAUCGUGGAGAACGACAAAUACUCCACCAUCCACUUCUUUGGAGACAAAACCAAACCUGGAGGAAACGACUACGAGAUCUACAGUGACCCCCGGACCGUCGGACACGAGGUCACGUCUCCCCAGGACACCCGCCGCAUCUGUGAGGAGCUUUUCUUCUCCUGAGCGACGAAGAGGAGGAGGAGGAACCGUCCGUCCUGCAAAACCUGGAAAUGUGUUGACGAUUGCGGUGUUGAAUAAACACCUUUGGUUGGACUUGAACCAGAUAAAGAGGAGGAGUUUCUUGCACUAAUGUGGCUUUUUUCAUUCAUCAAGUGUUUCUCUGGUUUUCUCUGCAGAAACCUGAGAGUUCAGAACUCUCGCUUAAGUUUCUGUUCAAUAAAGUCACACAAGUGAAGCUCGACUCAGAGUUUAGUGGCAGUUAAACUGAAGUUUACCACCUGAAAUACAAGAUUUGAAUGUAUAUGGGAAAAAAUCCAGUAAAAAAACGGUGCAAAGUUUGAAUUUUAUGAAUUUGGUCGUCUGUGGUUGUAAAUAAACAGGAAGAAGG